CUCGGAUUUCUUCUUCACUAUUCAAUGAGCGCCUUAAAAUAAGACAAUGCCAGAAAGAAGUUUUUCACAAUGGAAGAAGGAUCUCAAAAAAAUGAUUUAAAAGGAGAGAAAGAAAAUGACAAGCUUCUUACCCAGGCAGACCAAGGUCAAAGCCAGAGUCGUCACUAUGGAAAUGUGGUGGACAAAUCGUCAUUGGAGGCUAAAAAUAGCCUGGACCGGUCCAGCCUGGGAUCCUCAUUGAUCAAUCGAUCUCCAUCACAGAAGACCAGCAAAGACACAUACUUACAGAGCUUGGCCGAGGAGGAAGCCCCAAAGGCCACAUGCAAGAAGGAAGCCCUUAAAGUCUUUGUCACCUGUCUCUUCGUCAUCAUCGUUGUUGGUGUCGUUGUCAUCUGGUCUUUCCAUGAGGGGCGCGCCAAGAAACACAUUGGCAAUCAGUAUUUUGACUUUAUAGAAAAGAAACGGGUAUUGAACAUUUACAAUGAGAAAGAUGAUAUUAUUCUCUCAGGUGUGAUAAGGACCAAUCUUGGUGAAUCUGAUAAACUGAAGAAUUGCAUUGACGAGCAGACCGGCAAUGACUUGUGUUAUAUCUUUGAGGAUGGUGCAAUAUUUAAGUUUAAUCCUUACACUUUACAAAACUACAGUUCUAUACACUGUGCUGAUCUGAUGUGGGAAAAUGUUCAAGACACUUUUCCGGAAGAUUGUUUUGACAUUGAAUAUUCUUAUUGGUAUGGGUUACCCAAUCUUGAAGGUCAAUUUUGGCCACUUGUACCAGAAAAAUUGUCUUUAAAUAGCUUGUCUUACAUGCCGUACAGUGAUGAGAAACUGGGCCAUAUAUUGGAAAAUUUCUGGCUGAGUUCCAGUGGGACAGCAGUCUUGGCAAAUGAUCCACAAGUACCUAUUACAGUCAGCUUUAAUUCAGGGAACAAUAAAAAACUGUGCAUAUCUGUUGACCAAAGUUUUAUGCCAGGCUGGCGUCAGGGGACAUUCAAUUACUCAGUUUGUGUGGGGCCAAAUAUUAAAGAAACAUUUAUGGCAGUAAGAAACUAUUUUUUUCCACCAGCACCAAUAAUUAACAGUGAAUCAUAUGACUUUGAAAACAUAGUCUGGCAGUACGAGAACAAAUACAGCAAUAACAUACAAUUAUCGGACACAUUUGGUGAUUUCCUGCACAAGUUAAACACGAUAGGGCUGCCAAUACGCAUGGUCCAGUACAACGGUGAGUGGGAGGACAGUGCUGGUGAUUUCAAGUUCAACACCAUGACAAGAAACAUGCUAUCCCACUACUUCCAGGGAAAGUAUUCCACUUCCAGACUCCUCCUACCAGUCAAUCUUGCCUGCUCUUACUUGUCAGAGAACUUUAAGGAAGGUGCAAGUAAGAGACUGUUUGUGAGAGACAUUCACACAGGAGCUCUGAAGACCAUCUUGUACCAGGGAGAGAGCUGUGCAUUGUGGGAUUCCACGAACCCAGCAACCCAGACCUUCCUUCAGGAGGCUCUCGGAAUUCUUCAACAGUCUGGAACACAGGAGCAAACACUUUACCCACAGGGGUUUGACUUCAGAACAAUAAUAAACAAUAAGGCAUUCCCUGUAGCUUUAUAUAGAAAUACCUCUAAUGUUAAUGCAAUUAAUGAACAUUUUAUUGACUUUUUGCUCAGACUCAAUAAGACUUUCCUAGUUGAGACUGCUUAUCAUAUGCAAAAUACGAGUGUUUUUGCAGAAAUUCCAACACUAGUGUCAAACAUUGAUGGAAAGAAGUGUUUGGAUUACAUCAUUCCAGCAGCGUUGACAGCUGGUCUCCAUGGUUACCCAUACAUAGUAACUGUGGCACCGUCCGAAGAUCAGGUAGACCAUGAACUCUACCUGCGCUGGCUCCAGAUAGCCGUUUUCUUUCCUGGGCUGAAAGUCACAAAUUCUGUGUUUAAUUUUCAUGAAAUAACUGCAAAAAUGUUGAAAUAUCUAAGUGACUAUAGAGAAAACGAGAUUCUUCCAAUUAUCUUAGAUAAAUUUGAUGACAUUGAAAGUGGCAUGCCACUUUUAAGGCCUCUUUGGUGGGUGAAUCCAUCUGAUCUUGUUUCAUUCAAGAUAGACAGUGAAUUCCUAUUAGGGAACAAAACAUUGGUUGCCCCGGUGCUGUGUCAUGGGGAGAGGGCUCGGGAUAUUUACCUUCCCAGUGGAACGUGGCGCUACAACCAGACCGGCCAUCUUUACACUGGACAGCAGUGGCUGCACAACUUUGAAGUUCCCCUGUCUAAUAUAGCUGUAUUCACUCUGCAGUCAGAGCCUGACUUGAAUGAAACGACCAAACACCAGUAAACACCUGUCUCCACAUUUUACCUUUUGUGUUCACUUUAUUGUUAAGUAUUAUGUUCAUCAUAACAGUUCCAUCUCUUAAUUUCUAAUGCUUUAAACUUAAGCUUUACAAAGAUGUGUAUUCUUAAACAGUAUUCUUAAACACUGUGUGUUAAUGAAAAUUGUGUUAAAAUAGCUACUAGUAUGUCAAAUGUCAUCAUAGAAAGUUAGACAAGAAGGAAUUUCUUUUCUGGCAUCACACUGUUUUGGGGAUUUGCAAUUAAAUUGGCACUAGGUUUACAACGUCAAGGUGACAGCUCAUGCAAGGAACAGCUGGUCAAGAUCACACUGAAAUUAAACAUUAAGAUUGGUCUGUCAGAUUUAACCAACACUAACUGUGUAGGAAAUUUGAAAUAACUUGGCACAAUUUUCACCAUAUUGAGAUGAUCAAACUCACUGAAUGAGGUCAAGGUCAAACUUCAUUUCAAUCCUGCAUAGAUACAGUGACAUUGUUUAAUGCAGCAAUUUUAUUGCCCUGGAGAACGCAACACCAGUGUUUUUCAUCAAUUUCCAUGUAUCUUGUACUGCACUGUAUAUAAUGUAAUCACAGUUUCAUUAAAGCACAGGACUUCGGAUCAAGGAAAAGUUUUGUGAAAAGUGAAGGAUAUUAAAAGAAAACAUCCAACAUAUGGAAAUAAAACAUGUACAUUUGUAUUUAUAUCCGACUUGUAAUUUUUGUUGUAUUGAAAGUUCGAAGCUGUCUAGUUGUGUACUAUUGAAGUUGAUUGUGAAGUUAAAGCAUGUUUCUGAAAUGGUCCAGUAUUUUAGCAUUCGUCAAAUUUGUAAACUUUAACAUGUUUAUGCCAUUUAUUGAUGUUCACUAGCUGUUUGUAGAGAAUGAAUGUGCCUGUUCAUUCAAUGCCUUUCUGCUAUCACAAACUUCUCUAGGGAGUUGUACUAGCUACUGGCAACACUUCUCUGUGAUUUGCAACAUUAUGAAGACUUUGUAUGCCAAGUAAAAAUUUAUUUUCAAUAUGAAAUGUAACCAGUAUAAGAUUAACUUGUUUUCUAUUAAUAACUGCAUUUUACAACAUUGCAUGAAACAUUUAAGUUCAUUCAAUAUUUCAAGGUUACUGUUUCAUUAUUUUUCAUUUGGAAUGAGGACUACUAUUUUCCUGAUUUUUUAUUUAUUUUUGUGAUAUAGUCUGAAAAAGAAAAGAAAGGACUGCAAUUUCUUGAUCUGAUUAAUGUAAUAUAAUGUUUCUUUGAAAAGAUUCUGUGUUUUUUUUAAUGAAAUGUUAAGAGACGAGGUAUAAAUGACUGUUUGUUAUUUCAGGUUAUCAUGUUAAAUCUUUGUUAUUGUUUAUCCUGGCACAGUGAUAGUUCAUGUGUUUGUUUUACAUAUAUUUGCAUAUCUUAUUAUCUAUUAAAGGUAACAAUUUACAGAUUUUUUUCUCACAUGUUAUUGUAUAAAUUGUUUGUUUUUUGUAGAGUAUUUGGGUUUGAUCUCUUUUAUAUCGAUUGAGGAAUCCCCUCAAUCCGGCCCACAAGGAAGCUAGUUCUCCGGUUAUUCCAUUUACCAUUAUGUUAAUUGUUAAUGGACAAAUUUCAAGGUCAUUAGAAUAUUAUUGUAAGGUUUUUAGAUAAAGAUUUGAUGAAAUUUGAUGAUAGUUGAAAUCUUUUCCUUUUUUUUUCAAGAUGAAACCUCAGCUGAGAUUAAGAAUGGCACUUAGGUAUUGUGUUUGGUGAAGGAAGGAAACAAUGCGACAUUUGAUUUUGACCAGGCAAACAUUGACCCCAUGUAAAUUUGGUAGCAUUUGGAGGAGCAUGCUUGCUGAUUUCUUAUAUGUAAAAUCAAUGACUAAAAUUUCAUUAAACAUUCAGUUAUUGUAGUUUAUAUUUUUGUUCUUUUUUUGUCUAAUUUUCACCUUUUAUUUUCUGCCCAUAAAGCCCUUUUCCAAUGAUACCCAAAUAAUAUGGAGUCACUGCACAUCCAAUAUUCACACAUUUGUGGGUCGGAUACCUUCAGAUUAACAAACAAGCAUUGUUUUCAUGGCAUAUUAUACUUGUUUAAUUGUAUACAUUGCAUACACGAACUGGCAUAGUUGAACCGUUUUUUACCGUUUUUUAUGUGUGUUUUUUUUAUAUUUCAAUAUAAUGAUAUUGUACAGUUUGAUUCUUUUGUAAUUAGUAUGUUUUGUUUUUGUGUUUUACGUGUCAAUUAAAUACUUGCAUUAUCCUAUUUAAUAUUUUCAUUGUAUUUUAAUAUGAAUUAUGAAAACAUCUGAUUUUUUUGCUAUCAUGACGAUCUGUAAUGUACAUAGAUGUGUAAGCAACGACAACCCUUUUGUAUUUGACAUUCGAUUUAUAACACACGUUUUCGUAAGUUUUGCUGUAUCCAGUGAUGUUAUUCUCACCACUUGUUUUUUUUACUUAUCUUGGCUUGUGAUUUUCAGCAAUAAAAUAAAAUUAGA